UUAGCGGCGGGGCCCGGGCCAUGCACCGACACACCGCGCUACUGUUUACACUGCUCGCGAUCUUGUCGCCGUCACAAGUGACAGCUCAAGGUGCCCGCCGCUCUGAAUCAGACCUUACUUUCGCAGAACUCCUCUACGUACGACUCUCUAGUGCAUGCAGAGCUCUAGUGGAUCUACAGUUUAAUUCAAUGAGCACUCAAGAUAAUAUUACAAAAACUAUGAAAAUUACCCACCUUGAUGAUACUAUGAAAAAAACUUUUGUCAUAGAUACAGCAUACAAAACACUGACGCAACCUGCCAUGUUUGAUAUUACAAAGCAGACGAAAAUUAUCAUUCACGGGUUUAGAGAUAGUUCCCAAUCAUCGGUUUCACAGGAUUUAGCUGACGCGUAUAAUAACAAAAAAAUGUUCAAUGUCUUGUUAGUAGAUGCUGAAGAAAUGAUGAAUAAGGGAUACGUAUUAUCCGUUCACAAUGCUCGUUUGGUUGGAAAGAGACUGGCAAAUUUAUUGGCAAAUUUAGAAACCUUCGGAGCGAACGCUGAAGACUUUCAUCUUCUGGGCAUCAGCCUUGGCGCUCACAUCGCCGGAUGGACCGGUAAAUAUUUUCGGCAGUACAAAAGUCGUUCUUUAGGACGAAUAACUGGCUUGGACCCUGCCGGUCCUUGUUUCUCAUACACAUACGCCGAUCAGAGGCUGGACAAAACGGAUGCCUUGUACGUUGAUGUUGUACAUUCAAACAGGUUAAUUCAAGGCGUCAUAGAACCAUUGGGUCACGCCGAUUUCUAUAUUAACGGCGGUGGGCCGGUGCAGCCUGGAUGUAUGGUGCCAUCCUGCAGCCAUCUUCGAGCUGCGACUGUUUACGCCGAGAGUAUAAAAACACCUAAGUCGUUUGUGGGUAUCAGAUGUAAAAGCUGGCAACAUUUCGAGCAAAAUGCCUGCGAAAAAGACCUCGCUGUGCUUGGGUACGGCUCUUCGAUAAAAACACGUGGACUUUAUUAUUUAAGAACAUCUGGAAGUUCCCCCUUUGGACUUGGAAUGGAGGGAACGAAAAUAAAAAAACUACCUGUCGACAGUUGGUUAAUGGCUUUAACUUGAACGCUAUAACAACUAGUUCCUACUGUGAUAUUUGCCAAUUAUUGAACAGAUUUUACGCAAAAAGCCUGAAAUAUGUAAAACAUUUAAUAGCUUUUUACGUAAUUGCUUGAUGUCAUAAAAACAGUGAAGGUCGAACUGCAUUCGUUCCGUGUGAGUCAAUGUCAAUAAUAUAGUAUAUUUUUAUG